AUGCUCAGAGAAAAUACAUAUGUAGACAAUCUGAUGUGUACAGGAAUGAGCAUUGAAGAGCUUCAAAGAUUUAAAGGAGAGGCAUCUGAAAUACUAGAGGACGCAAAGUUUCAAAUUCAUAAAUGGGAAUCCAACAUAGAAAGCCUAGAAAGUGAAAAUAUGGAGAAUCCAAGCAAGAUUUUGGGGCAUGUUUGGAACAAGGAAGAAGAUACUUUGAUGGUACCCAUAAACAAAGGGGAAGAGGAUAAGGUCUCAAAGAACACUGUAUUGAGUCAAUUAGCCAGAAUUUAUGACCCCUUGGGAAUCAUUUCACCAACCCUAGUAGAAGGAAAGAGAAUCUUCAGGGAGGCCUGUGAUGAGAACAAGGGAGGGGAUGCUGAAGUUUCUGAACCCCUUAUGAAAGAUUAUUUGAGAUGGAUGAGACAGCUGAGAGAAUUAAAGAUACCAAGAACUUUAGUAAGAGAAAUAAGAGCAGUUGAUGCAGUGAAUUUACACAUAUUUGCAGAUGCAAGUGAAAAGGCAUGCUGUGCUGUGACAAUUGCAGUAGUGGAACAAGGAUCAAGGAAAGUAAAGGGCUUACUCACUUCAAAGUCAAGAAUUUCAAAGAGAAACACUUCGAUAGCCAGACUUGAGUUGGUUGGGGGGCAAAUGGCAGCAAACAUGGCCAAGAACAUUUGCAAAGCAUUGAAGAAUUGGCCAAUAACAUCAAUCAAUGUGUGGAUGGAUAGUAUGGUGGCCUUAUUUUGGAUAAACAAUCCAGGGAAACAAUGGAAAGCAUUUGUAGCGAACAGGGUGAGAAAGAUUACAGAGAUAGGGAAUGAAAUUGGAAUAGAGUGGAAAUACUGCCCAUCAAGUGAAAAUUUAGCAGACCUAGGCAGUCGGGGUGCGAACAUAGAGAAAAUGGUAGAAAAGAAGUGGUUUGAAGGGCCAGACUGGCUGCUAAAUGAAGAAGAAUGGCCAGAACAACCAGUGCUGAAGAGUUCAACAAGAAACUUGGAAGAACAAAGACCAAUUAAAGAGGCAAUCUUAUUCACAAACGAGACAGAGAGUGAUGAAUGGGAUAAGCUUUUAGAGCGUCAAAGCUAUUGGAGAACACUUAGAACCACAUCAUGGUGUUUGAGAUUUAUCAAAAAUUGUCUUGCCAAGAAGAGAAAGGAGAAGGUAACAAGAGGACCUCUGACCACAGAGGAAAUUAUGAGUGCAAGAGAUCAUUGGGUAGUAAGAGAACAAAGAUACAUUAUAGAGAUGAAAGAAACACCUGGAUGGAAAUUGAUAAGAGACGAGAAAACAGGUAUGCUUCGAUGCCAGGGAAGGAUUCAAGGGUAUCAACCAAUCUAUUUGGAGAAGAGUCUCUUUACUGAGAAACUGAUUCGACACACACACAGGAAAGUUAUGCAUAUGGGAGUAGCAAAUACAAUGGGAGCACUGAGAGAGACAUGGUGGAUACCAAAGAUGAGAACAUUGGUCAAGAGAGAAAUCAGGAAUUGCAAUGUGUGCAAAGUAUUUUCUGCAAAACCAUUUGAAGCACCAGCAACAGCUGCGCUCCCAAUGUUUCGUACAGUUCAGAGCCUGCCAUUCCAGAACACAGGUGUUGACUUUGCCGGGCCUCUCAAGUGA